AGAAACCAUAAACAAAAUAAUUCAAAGACUACCAUGCACCUGUCGGAGCGUCGGCCACAUCAGGACAUUCCGAUCCUUUUUGUGGAAGCACGGGCAACGAAUCCACGAUUUUUACGCGUUAGUGCACCCAUGGUUCGCUAUUCCAAGCUGGAGUUUCGCAAAUUAGUGAGAAGAAAUGGAGUACAGCUGGCUUUUACUCCAAUGAUCAUUGCGGAAUCGUUUAAUAAUAGUGAGAAGGCGCGACAAAACGAAUUCACCACAAGCCCAGAGGAUGAUCAGCCGUUAAUUGCCCAGUUUGCGGCCAAGGAUGCACAGGAAUUCGUCACGGCAGCUCAGCUUAUAUAUCCAUACUGCGACGGUAUAGACUUGAACUGCGGUUGUCCACAGAGUUGGGCCAUUUCGAAGGGCUAUGGUUGUGGUCUGUUACGCCAACCAGAGCUGUUGCGUGAAGUAGUGCAAUGCGUACGACGGACGCUGCCCACAAAAUUUAGCAUUUCGGUAAAAAUGCGACUGUUGAGUGGGUCAGAUGAAGAGACAUCUGUGCGCAGGACCAUCGAUUUAGCACAACAGCUUGAGCACUGCGGUGUGACAUUUCUUACGCUGCACGGGCGGACACAGGCGCAGAAGCAUUCAAAGGAUACGCUCAAUGUGAAUGCCAUGGCUGAAGUGCAAAAAUCGUUGCAAAUCCCACUGAUCGUUAAUGGCAAUGUGGAGAGCUGGCGAGAUGCGUGCGAGCUGUACGAACAAACACAGGCAGGCGGUGUAAUGGCCGCCAGGGGACUGCUAGCCAAUCCGGCACUCUUUAACAGCAAGUAUCCUGAUGAAGUGCUUACUCCAGCCGAGUGUAUGCAACAGUGGCUAGAUAUUGAUUCCGCUGCAGGCAAAAAUUUGCACUUCCAGUGCUUUCAUCAUCACCUUACGUUCAUGUGGAGCAGUAGAAUGAAACGAGCGCAGCGCAUGCAAUUUAAUAGCCUGAGCACCAAGGAAGAAGUCUACGCUUUCCUGGCCAAGCAUUACGAUGUGACACCCAGCAGCAGUGGGUGCAGGCCAGAUAUUUAUUCAAACUGUACAUAUACACACUUUAUACCGCCCAAACAUGCUAGGCACAUUGCCACAGAGGCGGCCGAGAAUAUCUGGAAUGCAAAAACCGACGGCAAAUUCUUCAAUGAAUUCAAAGCGCAACAGUUGUCCUGUGAAAAAGUUGAUGAUUUGGAGCUAGGCGGACUUUUUGGUGAUUUGUAUUGACUGUAAUUAUUGUUAAUAAUAAACAUUUUUUAAUUAUUGGUUUUCUCUAUCAAUGGCCACACGAA